CUGACACUCUGCCACUGUCUCGUCUUACCGGGACACUUCAAUGAAAGUUCGUCUGUUGUGCUACGAAGUUCACCAGCUUUACCUCCUCCGCGAUGCUCCAUCACAUGACACAAACGCUCGUAACUAACAGCGGUUACCCCGGAGAGCGCGUCGGCACAAAUUCCAAUCGCAUGCGUAACGCACCUUACGAAGUUGAAAUCAGAAACGGUUCUCAACCAAAGAUUGUCCGUCGGAUCUUCACAAACAGCCGUGAGCGCUGGCGUCAGCAGAAUGUGAAUGGAGCAUUUGCUGAACUCCGCAAGAUUAUUCCCACACACCCUCCUGACAAGAAACUUAGUAAGAAUGAGAUUCUUCGCCUUUCGAUGAAAUACAUUAACUUCCUUGCCAAUUUGGCGAGUGAUCAGAAGGGGUUGAUGUUAGAAAGGGUUGAUGGCAAUGUACCUAAAGAUAAAGAAACAGACCUUGGCAAGAUGAGAGAGAAGCUGCAGGACAUGCUGUCUCCCAAUUCCAGUUGUGGGAGCUUGCUGGAUGGAGAGAGCAGUCCCGAGAGCUUCUCCGAGGAUGUGGAUUUGGAGACGUGGUCCACGUCGCAGGGACCCACCCAACAUUGCACUAUAGACAAUUAUAUAAUCUAGUGCAAAGAAGGAGUAGAAAUGAGAAACAAACAAAAACAUGUCUUAUGACAGAAUAUAAGUUUCCUGCAAUGCAGUCAUGGUCAGUAACUGACUUAGUAACCCUUUGAGAACUGUAUUUUCAAUGCAUUUACAGGAGCUAUGUACUGUAGGCCUACUUUUGCUGCUAUGAAAUGUCAUUUUCAAGUA